AUCGGCAUUCACGACUCACGAGCUCCAAUCAGUUAUCAGUCUCUAGCUAUCCUGUCUGCUUGCUUCUGGACCAUCGAUGGAGGCCUACGCGGCAACGGCGUCGCCACCCACGACGACAGCCAUGUGUGUGGACAAGCUCAGCCACCAGCUCUUCUCCCUGCUCGAGACCAGACUCCUGGGCGGGUGGUGCCCGUCCGUCCCCGGGACGCCGGCGCGGGCGCUCCUCGACGGCGGCCGCGUGCGGGUGCUCGCCAUCGACGGCUGCGGCGCGGGCGCAGAGGACGCGCUCCUGGCCGCCGCGGCGCUUGCGAGGCUCGAGGCCAGGCUGCGCGACCGCACGGGGGACCCCGACGCGCGCGUCGCGGACUUCUUCGACGUGGCCGCGGGCGCCGGCGCGGGAGGCGUCCUCGCCGCGAUGCUGCUCCUGAGGGGCGCCGACGGCCGGCCGCGGUACUCGGCGCAGGAGGCUCUGGCGUUCGUCGCCGGGAGCGUCGGGACCAAAGGCUGGUGCGGCCGGCGCGGGCGGUGGGCGAAGCUCUUCCGCCGCGGUUCCCGAGGCGGCGACCGCACGCUCCGCCGCGUGUUCGGGGACGCCACGCUGAGGGACACCGUCGCGCCGCUGCUCGUGCCGUGCUACGACCUCGCCACGGCCGCGCCCUUCGUGUUCUCGCGCGCCGACGCCGUCGAGAGCGACACCUUCGACUUCCGCCUGCGCGACGUCUGCGCCGCCGCCUGCGCCGCGGGCGGCGCGGUCGCGCCAGUCAGGUCGGUGGACGGCCUCACGGCCGUCGCCGCGGCGUCCGGGGGCGUGGCGGCCAUGUGCAACCCGGCCGGGACCGCCAUCACGCACGCGCUCCACAACAAGCAGGAGUUCCCCCUCGCCACCGGCGUCGACGACCUCCUCGUGCUCUCCAUCGGCGCCGGCGCCUCCGCCGCCAACGGUUCGAGCACGCCGAUGCCCGCACGCUCUCCGUCGCCGCGGGAGCUGGCGCGCGUAACCGCCGAGGGCGUCGCGGACAUGGUGGACGAAUCAUUGGGCAUGGCGUUCGGGCGCGCGCGCGGAAGCAACUACGUGCGCAUCCAGGCCGGUAAGGCGCUGGUCCCGAUCCGCACCGACGAAGCGUCCGUGGCCGCCGAAGCGAUGCUAGCGCAGCGGAACGUGGAGUCGGUGCUGUUCCGCGAGCGGAGGCUGUCGGAGCGGACGAACGCCGAGAAGGUGGACGCGCUGGCCGCGGAGCUGGUCAAGGAGCAGGAGCGGCGGAGGCGCAGCCCGCUUCCGAACGUGGCUAUCAAACAGGUCGGCACACCGGCGCGGCUGUCGUCCGCGACCACUGCUUCGUCGGGCACUGGGACGGCCAGGACGGCGUCGACGAUGCCGUCGCCGGCGUCAUGGGAGUCACGCAGGUAGUAGUUGGGUUGAUUUUAGGCCGUAAUUGACGUGUGUACAUGCAUAUAUGGAAUGCAAAGCUAGGAGUGGGGUGUGUAAGUGUGUUGUUUUUCUUCUUGGAACGGACGCUCACACGUGCGGUUCGGAAAUGGAAUUUCGGAUGGCUCACUCAACCCUGCGUGCAACUCUUCACGUUUCUAGCAAAACGCAUAAAAAAGCGCUGGCUGUCAUCCUACCUUAAAUCCACGGAAUCUCUUUUCUUUC